AUGAAACGUCUCUCCGGCCUCUUCUCUACCCCCAAAACCACCUUCCAAAUCCUCUCCGACCUUUACCUCAACUACGAAUCCCAAUACCUCACAUUCCACAUCCCAGUCUCAGCACCCCAUCUCAUCCUCGCAGGCAACAUCGGCCAGCUUGCAGACUACGAUGCCUAUCUAUCAUUCCUCGUCAGACGCUGUAAUCUCUACGAGAAAGUAUAUCUUGUUCUGGGAGCCUUAGAAUUCCAAGGUCUAACGUACGAAGAGGGGUUACAGUUGGCACGACAUAUGCAAGAAGAAGCAGCAACGAAGGGGAAGCUGCAAAUCCUGAAUCGCACAAGAGUCGAUGUCGCCGGCACGAAUAUCACAUUAUUGGGAUGCACAUUGUGGAGCCAUGUACCUGAAGCAGCAGAAGCAGCAGUGCUUCGAAAGGCGCCAGAAUUCGACGUGAAUGAAGGCGUUCGGCAGUGGAAAAUUUCGGAUCACAACGAGGAACACUUUCGCGACCUAGCCUGGCUGCAAGCAGAGAUCAACGAUCCCAAGACAUUUGUUGGCGAUGAUGCAACCUCUACAUCGCCCCAACCCCAACAGCUUGUCGUUAUAUCUUCGUUCACGCCAGAUCUGCAUCAUACGCUUCCUCCCUGGCAAGUACACUCGCCAUGGUGCGCUGCGCAUGGAACGGAUUUGUUGAAUGGAAACAACUGGAAUGGUGUAAGGUACUGGGUGCAUGGGUCAACCGGAAGAACGGGCAAAGCUAAACGCUUCGGCCUCAAAGUUGUUAGCAAUCAACGAGGACGCGUCGGAGAAGAGGACAAGGGCAUCUUGAAAGAUAACGUUCCGGCUAAGGACAGGGUGGAUAUGUUCGAUGUGAUGAAAGUUAUCAGGGUGUAG